UCAGUGUUUCUUCUUGCUCCAGCAGAAGAGUAGAAGGAUGUCGGUGUGUGAAGCUGCUCUCAUGCUGUGUGUGUUUUGUGUGUGUUGUGUGUGUUUUCCGCACUUCGCCUCAUCUUUACAACUGCAGCCUGAUAUGCCGAACGUGUGUGAGGAGCAGGAAGUGCAGAUGACGGGUGUGCAGCAGCCGUGUGUUCAGGCCUUUACACGGAUGGUGAAGGUGUGGAGACAGGGAUGUUCUCCACAACGUUGGUGCAUGGGUUAUGAGAGGAGGACAGCCUACUUUACAGCCUACAGACAGGUGUACAGCAUGGAGCUACAGACGGUUUAUAAAUGUUGUCCAGGAUGGACACAAAGAGGAGAAGAGAGAGGAUGUUUACACAGACUGUGUUCUGCAGACACCUGCUUUAAUGGAGGCAGGUGUGCACACUCAGGGGAUCAGGUGUGUGAGUGUCCAGCUGGCUUUCAGGGAACACGCUGUCAGUACGACGUGAACGAGUGCGAGAAGUCAAACGGAGGAUGUGAGGGAACAUGCUGCAACACCAUCGGCAGUUUCUACUGUAAAUGCCCAGAGGGCAGCACGCUCGGACCAGACAGCAGAACCUGCCAGGAUAUAGAUGAGUGUGAGGAAAUGAACGGAGGAUGUCAGCAGAACUGUGUUAAUACACUUGGAUCAUACUACUGUGAGUGUGGUGAGGGUUUCCGCAUACAUGCAGAUACUCGCACAUGCAUAGCUGUGAACUCUUGUGCAGUAAAGAAUGGAGGUUGCGAACACAGGUGUCUGGACCUCGGUAGUGAACACUACAAGUGUGAAUGUCGUCCUCAGUACCAACUCAAGAGUGAUGGCAAACACUGCGAGUUGAAGGACCCAUGUUUGCAGGGUAAUGGUGGAUGUGUUCAGUUAUGCAGCAAUGAUAAUGGACUCCCAACAUGCAGCUGCAGUCCAGGAUACACACUGGGUACAGACCUCAGGAGAUGUGACGAUGUGGACGAGUGUGUAUCCGGCCGAACCGGGUGUGCUCAUGGCUGCGUGAACACUCCAGGCUCCUUCAGGUGUGUGUGUAACCCUGGAUUUGAGCUUGGGGUGGAUGGGAAGCAAUGCUAUCGCAUUGAGAUGGAGAUAGUGAACGGCUGUGAGAAGAAUAAUGGAGGCUGCGCACACCAGUGUGAACACACCAACAUCGGCCCCGUCUGCUCCUGUAACCGGGGCUAUGAGCUUGCUGAUGAUCUCAGGAUGUGUGUCGACACUGAUGAGUGUGAGACUGAAGAGUCUUGCUGUCACCAAGGCUGUAAGAACUACCCGGGAGGCUACGAAUGCAGCUGCAAACCCGGAUACACACUCGGAUUUGACGGCUGCUCGUGUAACGACCUUAACGAGUGUUCGCUCGAGACAUCAGGCUGUAAUCACUACUGCAUCAACAUGCCAGGAUCCUACGAGUGUUUCUGCAGGGAAGGUUUCCGGCUGGACCACAACCAGCACACCUGUAUUCCUCUAUAUGAGAGUGAUCUUGAACCUGAAGAAGAGGAUGACUCAGAUGGUGAUGAAGAACAGCUAGAAGUGCUCCGUCUUCCCGACUUGCUGUUCCGGCGACCACCUCAGCUCCUGCAGUACACCGCCGCUCUACACACACCUUAUGACACUGUAGACACACACACACCCUACUCAGGACACACACGCAUCCGAGAGCAAAGAGGAGAACUCACCAUGAUUAGCAGGAUCAUGUGUGUUGCAGGUUCAUUCGGUGAAGACUGCAGUGUUACCUGUGAUGACUGCACUAAUGGUGGUGUGUGUGCAGAGGAGAGAGAUGGUUGUGUGUGUAUGGCAGGCUGGACCGGCAUCACCUGCAACCAGACAUGUGUAGAGGGGACGUAUGGUGUGGGCUGUAACAGUGUGUGUGUGUGUCAGAACGGUGGACGCUGUGAUCCAGUAAACGGGAAGUGUCUCUGUCCUCCUGGGGUCCAAGGCCUGAACUGUGAAGAUGGAUGUCCGCAGGGCUUUUUCGGGGUGUUCUGUCGGAGAAGAUGUAACUGCCCCAAUAACGGACGCUGUCACCGUGUGUAUGGAGGCUGUUUCUGUGCAGCUGGACUGUAUGGAAGAUUUUGCCAUCUGUCUUGUCCCAGGUGGACUUUCGGCACUGGAUGUUCGCACGACUGCGACUGUGUUCAGGAGAAUUCGCUCGGAUGCGACGCCAAAAACGGGACCUGUACCUGCAAACCUGGUUACUACGGUGACCGCUGCCAGGCAGAAUGUGGUGCUGGUUUUUAUGGCACUGAUUGUCGUGAGCUUUGUGACUGUCCUGAUGGUGCAUCAUGUGACACACAAACAGGAAAAUGUCAAGAAAAGUGUCCUCCUGGGUUUUAUGGAAAGGAAUGCCAACUGGAAUGCACUGCAGGAGCCUAUGGCUCGGGGUGUGGGAUGAGAUGUACCUGUCCUUCUGACUCCACAUGUGACUCUGUGACUGGAGAAUGUGUGUGUGCAUCAGGAUACACAGGGCACAACUGCUCACAAGUGUGUGUGCAGGGCUGGUACGGACCGAACUGUUCCCGUGUGUGUGAGUGUUCUAGAUAUCAGCAGCUCUGUCACCAUGUCACAGGCAGAUGUACCUGCCGACCUGGUUACUAUGGCAACCGCUGUCAACUCAAAUGUCGAGAAGGCACCUAUGGUCCUGACUGUAAAAAGAGAUGUCGGUGUGUUAACGGAGGACGGUGUGACUCCAGGACUGGGACGUGUCUCUGUGCUUCAGGAUAUCUGGGAGCAAACUGCAGCACCAGCUGUCCAGCAGGCAGAUACGGUAAAGACUGUGCUAAAGUGUGUGUGUGCGGUGAAGGAGGACAGUGCCACCCGGUGACCGGGAGAUGUAACUGCACAUCAGGGAGAACGGGCCAUUCCUGCCAAGAAGUGUGUCCCAGGGGUCGCUAUGGAGCUCAGUGUCGUGGUGUGUGUGCGUGUGUAAACGGAGGUGUGUGUGACCCUGUUGACGGAACCUGCAGAUGUGGACUCGGCAGCACCGGCGUGAGCUGUGAGGAAGAGUGUCUCCCAGGCUGGUAUGGAGCUAACUGCGAACAGGAGUGUGUGUGUCAGAAUAAUGGGUCAUGUGACCGCGUUACAGGCUCCUGCUCCUGUGCACAUGGAUACUACGGCCCCACCUGCCAACACAAAUGCCCUGCUGGAUAUUUCGGCGCUCUCUGCUCACGUCACUGCAACUGCACUCACACUCAAACAUGUGAUCAUGUGACAGGAGAGUGUGUGUGUCCUCCAGGCUUCACGGGUGAGCGCUGUGAGACACGUUGUACAGAGGGCAGUUUUGGUGUAGGGUGUGUACACCAGUGUAAGUGUGUAGAUGGUGUCCCUUGUGAUCCAGUCACAGGCCAAUGCCUUUGUCCCCCAGGAAGGACAGGGGAGUACUGUGAGGAAGAGUGUGUGAGUGGGUUAUUUGGUCCUCAGUGUUCUUUUGAGUGUCAUUGUGCUCAUGGAGGGCAGUGUGACCAACGCAACGGACGCUGUGUGUGUUCGUUCCCCUGGCUGGGACCAACUUGUCAGGAUGAGUUUAGUGUGGCGGUGUCUCUCCCACCCAAGAGACAGAGAGGCCUGUAACACAUCGCUGUUCUACGGCUGGAAACACACACGCACACAUACACACACAUGCACGCAGGCACACACAUGCACACACACACACACACAUGCACGCAGGCACACACAUGCACACACACACACACACACACACACACACACACACACACACACACACACACACACACACACACACACGAGUAAGAGUUAUUUAUGUGUGACAAUUUCUUUUAAAACUUCACACUCACUUGAUGCAAAUUAAUGGACAAUUUAGUCUUUUUGUAUUUGUGUGUGUGUGUGUGUGUGUGUGUGUGUGUUUGCUCUGUGGUCAUCAGUCAUGUGUAUGAAUUUGAAAUUGAGUCUGAUUUCACCAUGCACAAGUUCUAAGACUAGGAAAAUAAUGUAUGUGCAUAUUAUAUGUGCAUGAUGUGUGUGUGUGUGUGUGUGUGUGUGUGAGUGUGUGUGUGUGUAUGCAUAAAUCCUGAGGGAGCCUAUUGUUUUAAACCAUAGUUAUCAAGACGCACAACAGCCCAUAAAGCCACAAGAUCCAUGCAAUUUUAUAUUUUACAAGCCACACAAACGCAACCACAGCCUUUCAUUUCACUGCAUGCAAACACAAUAUAACGCAAAACAUUCCUCUAAAGGAACCCACAAAGGCAAUAUACAGUAAAACACACACUGUCACAAAAAAGGUGCUGUACUGUACACUUCUGUUCCCUGAGGUGCACACCGUGUGUAUACGUGUGUAAGGGAACGCCGGUCGUGUGUCUGAAUAAAAGACACAAGAGACACACAGUCAUGCAUAUUUACUCCUGAAACUUUAGUUUCAUAUAAAAGACAUAUUGUAAAUUAUACUAAAGUAAUGAUUAUGUAUUAAGUAGGAAAAUUUUACAAUUUCCCAGAAAUGAAUUUGAUCCAUUUUUAUUUAUUUAUCAGAACUUACACACUUUUGUCCAGUUCUGUUUCACAAACCUUAAAGCAAAUGACAUAAUAAGCUGGUGACUUGUUUGUGGAAGAGCGAUUUUUGUGUUUAUCAUGUACAGCAAAAAAGUAUUUUAUUCUAGACUGUGUGUGUGUGUGUGUGUGUGUGUGUGUGUGUGUGAGUGUGAGUGUGAGUGUGUGUGUGUGUGUG